UUAAUGUAUAGACAUGCUUUCUUCCGAGUGUCCCUGAAUGCAGCGAACCCGUCUGGGGGGAAACCACACAAAUGGAAUGAACUGAAUUUGAGUCCAGGAAACUUUCACCGGGCUCCACUUCUUGAGUAUUAACACAAGAGCAAAGCUGAGUCAUGACCAACAUUCAGAUCCGGAAGUACCGGGACGCAGACGCAGAGGUGGUGAAGGAGAUAUUUACUCUGGGCAUGAGCGAGCACGUGCCCUCGUCCUUCACGCACAUCCUGAAGCAGCCGCCCACCCAGAUGUUCCUCAUGUGCGUGUUCUGCGGCCUCAUGGCCAGCUCCAAGUCCUUCCUGCUGCCCGUCCUGGCCGUCACCUUCGUCCUGGCCGGAAUCCGGCAGCUGGUCGUCCACAUGUUCAACAAAUACAUCGACACCUCCCUGAAGAAGGACCUCAACAACAUCAGCGGCACCUACCUGCAGGCGCAGGACUCGUGCUUUUGGGUGGCGGAAAACGACGGCGGCCGGGUCGUCGGCACGGUGGCCUGUCUGCCCGCCGAGGGGGCGCCCGGGUGCUUGGAGCUGAAACGCAUGUCAGUGAGCCGCAGCUACCGCGGGAUGGGCAUCGCUAAGUCUCUGUGUCGGACGGUGGCCGAGUUUACUCGCGACAGGGGCUACGCCGCCGUCGUCCUGUACACGUCUGUGGUGCAGACGGACGCUCAGAAGCUGUACGAGCACAUGGGCUACGAGAAGACGAGGGAGUUUCUGGCUCCCGAGCCCGCUGCUAAAAUCACAAACUUCAAGCUGUGGGAGUACAGGCUCGACGUGCAAGGAAAGAAGAAGGACUGAAACUGAGACGAGAGAGACGCUGUCAGGGCUCCACCACCGUCCAUGUCGUCCGGCCUCCGUGCUUUUGUUGUCCCUGCAUAUGUUUUGUUUUUUUACCCACAUGGGGAUCUGUUUACUGGACACACUAGCAGAACGGGUCUGUUUUCUUUAGUUACAAAACAAACACAAGAUAAAUUCUCUCUCAUUUCUACAUGAUACUUUGAAUAAAUUUGUAAUGUCAGAUAAA